AUGGUAGUAAGUGUUGAUGGGUCUUGGAAGGUUCCGUGUGGCUACUUCUUUGUGAAUGGUUUGAGCGGCGAAGAGAGGGCAAAUUUAGUCAAGGUCUGCAUUCAGCGUCUCACUGAUACUGGAAUCAAAGUUAUAUCCCUAACUUGCGAUGGACCGUCAUGUCAUUUCAGCAUGUUGUCUUCACUUGGAGCAUGCCUAGAUCCCUCCAAGAUGAUACCAUAUUUCCCUCAUCCUCAAAAUAAAAAUGAGAAAAUUUGGGUUUUGCUUGAUGUAUGCCAUAUGCUAAAACUUGUCAGGAACACACUAGCAGAAAAAGCAAUUAUUUUGGAUAAGGAUAAUGGCAAGAUUCUAUGGCAAUAUUUGGUCGAUCUUCAUAAACUUCAAAAUGAUGAAGGACUCCGACUCGGCAACAAGCUAAAGAAGGCUCACAUUCAAUGGCAGCAACAAAAAAUGAAGGUUAAUAUUGUGCAACAGCCCUGA